AUGGAAAAAAGGAACGACAUUAUUCAAGAAAGCAGUGAGAAAAAAACAGCAAUUAAAAUUGAUAAUUAUAAAAUAAAUAAAAAUGGAAAAUGCGCAGAUAUUUUAAAAGAUAGAAAAAGUGAUAAUAUACCAAGUAAAGAUAUUUUAAUAGAAGAAAACCUUAAACAUUUUGAAAUAAAUGAAGAAAAAGAAGAUAAUUGCGGAGAUAAUAUUCAAAAAAGGGAAUGUAUAAAUAUUAGUACUGCAUAUACCUAUAAUGAAGUUAGUUCAAAUGAAAAUAUAGGUACAUAUGACGAAAAAAAAGAUAAUAAUUUAAAUGAAAAUGAAAGAAAAAUGAAGAAUUUUGAAGGUAGAGAAAUGGAAGUGGACCUUUUAAAUGGAAAGAAAAGUGAAAUAGAUAAAUUAAAUCAAAAUGAGGUAAACGAAGAGAAGGAAAAUGAGGUAAACAAAUUGAAGGAGAUUGAGAUGAACCAAAUGAAGCAAGAUGAAAUUAAUCAAAUGAAGCAAGAUGAAAUGAACCAAAUGAAGCAAGAUGAGGUAAACCAGAUGAAGCAAAACAAAAAUGGAACUGAGGAUUUAAACAAAAACGAGAACUUGAAGGACUAUUAUAAAAAUAUGCCAACUGUUAUAAUUGUAAUCGGCAUGGCAGGUAGUGGAAAAACUACUUAUGUUGGAUCGUUGUAUAACUAUUUAAAAGUAGAAAGAAAAAAAAAAGUGUAUACAAUGAAUUUAGAUCCCGCAGUCAAAUAUGUGCAAUACCCAAUAAACAUAGAUAUAAGAGACAGCAUAAAAUAUCAUGAAGUGAUGAAGGAAUAUAAACUAGGACCUAAUGGUGCUAUAAUGACAUGUUUAAAUUUAUUUGCUACUAGAUUUGACAAAGUUAUUGAAAUAUUAGAAAAAAGAAAACAUAAAUUACACUAUAUAAUUGUUGAUACACCAGGACAAAUCGAAGUAUUUAAUUGGUCAGCUAGCGGUAAUAUUAUUUUAGAAACAUUAUCAGUUAGUUUCCCGGUUGUUAUUAAUUAUAUUAUUGAUACCGUCAGAUGUGAAAGGCCAAUUACUUUUAUGUCAAACAUGCUUUAUGCAUGUAGUGUUUUAUACAAAUCAAGAUUACCCUUUUUAGCUUGCUUUAAUAAAAUUGAUAUCAUCAAACAUGAUAAAUGCAUUGAAUGGAUGAAAAAUUACGAUAGUUUUAAUGAAGAUGUUUUAAAUGAUGAAAGCUAUAUGGCUAGCUUUAGUAGAUCAUGCGCUUUAAUGAUUAAUGAAUUUUACGAAGGAAUAAAGACUACAGGUAUAUCCUCAAAAACAAAUGAAGGAUUCAAUAGUAUUUUAAAAAAUUUAGAAUAUCUGAAAGAAGAGUAUAUUAACGAGUACGUAUCUUCCAUUGAAAAACAAAUGAAAAAAGUAAAAAAGAAAAAGGAAAAGAAUGUUAAAUUGAAAAUGGAAUCUUUAUUAUUUGAGAAGCAAAAGGAUUUAACUGUUUCAAAAAACAAAAGUACAUAUUAA